UGUUCCUCCCACGCCGCGCCACGCCGCGGUCAGCUGUGUCACGCGGCCUGCUCUCCUCUCGUACCGUACCGGUCGACUCGCCUACUCCACUCGUUCGAUCGCUCGUCGGUGCCGGUGCGUGAGUGUCAGUGGGUGCCCCUCAGUGCGGUUUUUACUCACCUUAACCCUACACUCGCUUCCCGCACACACUGUAAUUGCCAACAAGAACAUCCAUCAAACAUCUGUUAGCGUGAGUUUUGAAUUUCCAACGCAACUUUUGAACCGACUAACGUAUUUUGAGCCUUUUAAGAGUAACGGUUUCAAAUUUUUUUGUGAAAAUGAAAAAGAGCGAAGUAAAAAUCGUACACGGCCAGGGGAAAGUGACACCUCCGGCUUCAGACAGAGUGGUGAGCACCGGCAGCAAGAGCAAGAUCAAGAUGAUCGAAGGGGAAGGAGGCCAACCACUGCCGCUCAUGCAGUGUGGAUCUCUGGAAAUCGGGGAGAAGAACAAGAUCCACAUCCCGAUGAUGGAGAAUAACAAGACGGAGACGGGCGGUGUGGCGAGUCAGCAGAGGCUGGCUGUGCUGAGCUACGAGCAAGUACGGCGGCUUAGCGACGUCAUGGACGAAGUAGUGAGCAUCCACGGCCGAGGCAACUUCCCGACCAUCGAGGUGCGGCUGAGGGACUUGGUGACCGUGGUCAAAGGCAAGCUGGAGGGCGACACGGCCAAUGGGGGCGCUGGACUGAGGGUACGCGACAUCAGACUCAACGGCGGGGCAGCGUCCCACGUGCUGGCCACAGAGUCGCAGCCUUACAACGAUCUGGACCUUAUCUUCGGCGUGGAACUGUCGGGGGGCAGGAACUUUGACCGAGUGAAGGCCGCGGUACUGGGGUCGCUCUUCGACCUGCUGCCUGAGGGUGUCAGUCGGAAACGUAUCACCACAUGCAGUUUGAAAGAGGCUUAUGUCGGUAAAAUGGUGAAAGUGAAUCACGAAGGUGACAAGUGGUCGCUGAUCUCUCUGGGGAACUCGCGGGGACACAGGAACGUCGAGUUGAAGUUCGUCGACUCGAUGAAGAGGCCGUUCGAAUUCUCGGUCGACUCUUUCCAGAUCAUCCUCGAUUCGUUACUGCUCUUCUACGAGUGCUCCGAGUUAUCGAUAAGUGAGAACUUUUACCCUACCGUGGUCGGCGAGUCCGUCUACGGAGACUUCCAGGAGGCACUGUACCACCUGCACAAGAAGCUGAUAGCCACCAGACACCCGGAGGAGAUCCGCGGUGGUGGGCUGUUAAAGUACUGUAACCUGUUAGUGCGCUCUUACCGACCCGCGCAGCCCGACUACAUCAAGUCCCUAGAGCGGUACAUGUGCUCUCGGUUCUUUAUAGACUUUUCCGACGUACACCAACAGCGCUCCAAGCUGGAGAACUACCUGUGGAAUCACUUCGUCGGUGCUGAGGAGGAGUCCCUCAAGUACCAGUACCUCAUGCUCCUGCACAGCGUGGUCGAGGAGUCUACCGUCUGCCUGAUGGGCCAUGAGCGGCGCCAGACUCUGUGCCUGAUCGAAGAACUCGCCUGCCAGGUCUUCUGCCAGGAGCAACAGCGACUCCUGGCCGCCCAGCCGGCCACCAUCAUCUACGCCGGCGGCUACUACUACGCUCCUGUCAUUCCGACCUACCCUACGACGUACCACACACACGGCCACUCUACCUACAUGACUUGCACGUCGUAACAACAUUCCUCGGCCUGGCCACUUCAUGUAAAAUAAUUGAUUUCUUAUCUCUUUCCGGUAAAUAUGAGAGCCGCGGCUAAGCGGGCUGAAGUAGGGUGUCCUGCAGUAACUUAUCGUUUGUGAUCUCACUCAAUCUGCUCGAUUGUUAUCAAUACUUUCAAGGAAGUUUACUGUUGCCCAUCAGUUGUUGCCCGCAUUCAACGUCUCCGACAAUCUUAUGUGUUGAUUUUACAUUGAGGGUCUUUAAAAAUAGUGUGUUUGUCUGCCAGUUGACCGGAAGACAAAGUGAUUAAUAUUCCGAGCUUGUUUUCGCACAAAUGUUUUUAGUGGUAAUGGAGAAAAGGGGUUUGUUGUUUACAUUUGACUGACAUGGUAUGAUAUUGGGCCGAAUUCGUUUAGAAGGAUUGUGUCUCGACUUCGACUAGAUGUUAGGAAUGUAACUUUUGAUUUUGCUAUGUACCGCAAUGAAGGAAACUGCACAAUUUUUUGAAAAACAACUGGAUAGUAAAUUAUGUAACUAGUGUAAAAACUGGUAGGCAAAACUGCUUCAGUUUCAUGGAAAGUGGUGAUUUAAUUAACAGUUAAUUUUUUAGUAAUUAUCAGAUAUUAUGGAGUAAAUAUGAAAAAGUAAAUACAAUAACAAACUUUUUUCGUUAAGAAAAGUUCCUAAAAGUUGUUUUAAAUAGUUAUCACUCAAAACAUAAGAUGAGGGUGGUUUCUUUGGUGUAGUGAUAUUUCCUCACUGGCAGGAAGUAAGAGUAUUGAUUAUGGUUCGUUUUUGCAUUGCAAAAACAUUUUAUAAGAAACCAAAUUUUAAUAUUGCGUUUUAAAUAAUAUUAAGAAAACAUAAAACCGUUGGAGCCAUAUUGUAUCUCUUGGAGCCAACAUUUUGUGUAAUUUUAACUGUUUUAAUGAAGUCUAUAUUAAGUUUUCUUUUUCGUUAUAUACUUCUUUAUUUUAUCAUUUUCUGGUGGUGGGCUAUAAAAAUAUGGUUAUAAACACAUUUAUAGUUUAUAUACGACUGAAUCUUGUGUUUAUUUUGUAUAUAAACUAUAGAUAUCACUGAUGACAUAGUGUAUAUGGUGGGAUUACAUUACAUACUUGUGGGCACGUUUGUGUUUCCGUAAUAUUAAAUCUGAUUAUUUUAUAUUUAUUAAAUACUGCAAGUGUAUAAUCCAUCGUAGUCAAUUGAACAAUACAAAAUAAUGUUACUAUAAUGCUAAAUUUUAAGCAGUGAAUUUGUACUCAUGUUAGUACAAACGUAGCUAAAGUGAUGUAAUUUAAUGUGGUGUACAAAAUCUCAAACCGUAAUUGUACCAAAACUAUAGGAUUUUAUUUUUUAUUGAAGACACAUGAUUAUGUAAUAUAUAUUUUUACACGUAUAGAGAAUACAAAUAUUUAUUUUUCGUAUAAAUGAAUUAAUGUUUGUACGGUAGAGAAAAGUUUAAUCUAGAAAGUAACAAUGACGGUAUGAUGUAAAACGUUUCUAUUGAAUAUGUUUUUCCAUUUUUGGCAAAAUAUAAUAAAAGGCAAAAUACUUUUCUAAAUCACUAUUAUUAAAGUGUUGAUUCUUUUUUUUACUUGAGCAUGUUUUAUUGCGAUAAAACCUAUAUAAAAUCUCAAGUAAAUUGUUCCAGAAGAUAAAUAUGUUUUAAUCAAAUUUUAUUCAAUGAUUUAAUUUUCUUUGCGUUAAAUUAACCAUUUCACAGUUUUUUUCAGAUAGCACUGAACAAAACGAGGUGGUCCAAAUGGUUAUAUAGAUCUAUUAAAAAACUAAAUUAUUGUAUUAAAAUAUCAUCAUAUUUUGUGUCCUUGUAGUUGUCACAAGGUUAUUAAUUGGCAACAAUAAAUAUAAAACCUUAAAACAAUACAUUCCAAAAGCAAUGAUGUAACGGUUUCAAUAAUUCGUUAUAGUGCUUAAUGUUUGUUAUAACCAAUGAGUUGACCAUAAUAGUUUAAAUUUAUGAAACGUGAACUGUUCUUCCAUUAAGUUAAACAGUCUGAAAGAAAUUAGGAUAUCUAUACAGGAUCUUGUUAACAUAAAAUACAAGCUAUUGUCUAAUUUUCUUCUAAUUUAUAUUGUUGGAUUUUCUUUGAUUGCCAAACCAGUUAGUAUAUGGGGUAUGUAUAACCUUUUGAUGUGGAUUUAAUUUUUAAAAUACUAUAUUUUACCCUCUAGUAUAAUUACUAGAAGCUAAAAUACCAUUCUGCCCAUUGAGGGCCAGUUUUAAUAACUAGGUAUUAAAAAUAUUUUGUCUGUUAAUCUCUGGAAUUGAGCUUUGAUAUGACAAAAGCAGGUUAAGUUGAAUGGAUCACCUUUAGAUGUUAAAAGGAUCUAAAUUAAGAUUUUAUCAUUAUCAACAUUUUGAUCUAAAAGGUGUUCUAAGUAACUUAAUCUAUUGUAAAGUGAAUUAUACAUAUAAAUACCAAGUAAUUAAACCAGUAUUACAUAAAUAUUUUAAUUGAUACUCUUCAUUUUGCUUCAAUAUAUUUGUAAAGUCUACAAAAACAAGUUAAAAAGAUUUAUUUCAGAAUAUUUAAAACUUAAAUAUUUAUAGUUGCUUGAUCUAAAACAAAGAAAUACAAAAUGAGAAAUAGGAUUAUUUCUAAUAAUACUGUCAUGCUUUGUGUUUUUCAUUAGCCCAAAAUGAUUUAUUUAGGUUUUUGUUAGUAUUAAAGUACUCUUCAAAAGUCUUACAAAAUUACAGAUUUUUUUACUUAAUUUUUGCUCUUUAUGGCAUAGUUACUAAUUUAUAUGUGGGACAAGUAUAAGUUUCGGUAAAUUUAUAAAAUCUUUUGGGAAGUUUUCUUUUUACUCAAAAGUACAUUUAAUUUAACCUCAUGAUGUUUUUAUACUUGUUGUUUGCGCAAAUAAAUUGUGUGUUUAAUUAUGUACACAAAAUGACGUUAAAUAUGUCACAAUAUAAAUUUCCUCUAUUUCACAACAAUAGUUCUUACCCUUGUGUUAGACUGUGCGCUUUUUCUUUAUAAGUGUCUACAAUAAUUUAUUUGCUCUACUAGUAAUUUAAAAUAAUUUAAUUUAAAUUCAAGUAAUUAAAUCAGGCAUUGUCUUCCCUAAUUCUAAAGAUCUUUGGCCUAAGAUAAAUUACUUUAACAAUGAAUAAAAUUUGCCUAUACACAUUUGAAAAUGGCCUAAUGUGAAAAAAAUAAAAUACAAUAAACAAUCCCGGUGUAAUAAGAGUACUCUAGAUAGGUAUUAGUGUUGUACGUUACCAAAGGCCUAAUCGCUUAACAAUAAUGUUUCUUACAAGUUUAGAAUCAAGAUGUGUAAUACGUGCAACCACAUUGUUCAAUAUAUUGAUGAGACUCGAUGUUUAAUCCCUUCUCACAUGUCAUGAUCAUUGAGUAUAUACUUCAGAUCGGAUAUAUAGUUGUAUAGUUUGAUUCAUGUGUUAAUUUAUUCCAUAAAAAUAGAAAAACAAAAAAACCAACAAAAAUUCAAAUUUCUCAUCACUUAGGUUUAAUUCAUAUAGAUUAAUUUAUUUAACAACAUAGUUUGGAUGCAUGUAUGAAACGUACCGCACCGUAAAAGCCUGAGUAAAAACAUCGUACUGUUCAGUUGACUGAUGUUUGUAAAGUGUUAGUAUUUAAUAUAUAAUGUAAAUUGUAAGAUUGAACUGUAAAUUAUCAAUAAAGUUUAGUAGUAAUGCUUAUCAUUGAAAAUAACUUGUAACAUCGUAACUAGAAGAUAAUGGCUGUUGUAUGCUUGCCAAGAGAGUUACCUGGUUAUAAAACGGAAUCCGUUCCUAUUAAGAAAGAAUGCGCUUUGACACUAAAUUAUGCAAUUUGAGGCUGUAAAACUUCAUUUUCAAUAUUGGUAGUGUGACAAACAGUGUAUCUGAUCUUGGAUUUGUGGCUGUCAAUCCAGCGUAAUAUGUCUAGAAUACGGCGAUACUUUAUGCCAUUUUUGACAUAUGCCAUUACAAAUUUCAGGGUUGCCACCUGUAACAUGAGAAAUUGAAAAUGUAUUUGCUGUGUAAUAUGUCUUGAAUUGUUGUUCUUAUCAAUUCUGAGUUAAAUUAUAAAAAAAAAAAUACCAACCACUCUGCUUUUAAAAGUGCUGUAUUAUAAUUACUCAUUUUUGCCUGAGUUAUACCAUUUACUGAUUCAUAGGUAAAGAAGAAACUCUAAACAAAAUUCUGUACUAAACAAGGUGAAUAUUAUUUGAUGUGGUGGCAGUUACGACAUUAAACACUUUCCAAUGGCAUAUCUUGAGAAGGUGUAAAUGUUUAAAACAUUUUAUAUGUUUAUACAACAUGAGUAUAUAAAAUGUUGAGUAUAUAAAGAACAUGUUGUUCCAAGCGUUCUCACGUUUAUAUGGACAUUCUUAUGAAACUAGGCUGCAUUUAUUCUCUUUUUUCUGUUUAUUAGUUAAGCUUUAUCUUAUAGCGAACCAAUAAAAUGUACAUAUGGUUCCCUUUCAAAAUUAAAUUUUUAAUAAAUGGUUGAAUUACAUUAUUUGAUAUUCAACCAUUUCCACCAAAAUGGUCAGUGGGUUAUUUAAAAAUAAAAUGUGCAUCACACAACGAAAUGAUGCGUUACGGUUAUUCUGAAAUAAGAGUCCAUGUAAAUGUACAAAUGACUUAGCAACUAGUUGUGUACGAACUUGAUAUGUAGCCGUUUUACUUCUGCAUGUUACAUCUAGUCAAAAUGUACUAUUGUUUAUGUCAGAAUAUAAUAUAUGAGUGUAACUGUAUAAUUUUUCUAUCUCAUAUCCAUUUCUUCAGUACAUUUUCGAAAAUCGUGUCAUUUAAAGAAGAAGCACUCGACAGUAAACUAGUGGUGUAGACAUAGGUGUACCUAACAAUAAUGAAGGACAUCCUAGCGAGUAUUAUAUGAUCGCUAUUAUAACCAUAUUUUAUGCCUGAUGCGCAAUUCUGUCUUCUCAGUUAAAAUCUCAUUUUAAGAUGUCAUACUUGGAAAUUUUUGUAUGAGUUCUUUUAAACAACUACAUCUAAACUUUUAAACCAAUUUAAGAUGUGUAUUAAAAUCUAGUCUUAAUUUGAAUCAGUUAAUUGUAUGAAUUGCAGGGUAAUUGGAUUGAUGAUUGUUCAUUUUGUGCACAAAGGGAAGAAUAAGGCAGUCAAUCAUUUUUGAGACCUUUGUCCACCCAAGAAGUGCUUGUCACUCUGUAACUCAAGAACUUAAAUGUAAAAAAUCCUCAAUAAAAAAAGUGAAAAAAUAA